GACGUCAUCAAUGUGAGACGAAAACGGGUGAAAGGUGUUUCAGUGUGAGUCGUAGGGUGAUUCGUAAUUAGGGUAAAUAUCAACGUUGAAGAUGAGCCUGAACAAAUUUAUUGUUUUGUCAAGAUCUGUAAGGCGUGGGAGGAAUUUAUUCGCUGUUCGUGUCGCGCAAACAGGAGAAUAUCUUUAUCAGUUUCAGUCGCAGCGCUUCAUUAGGUCCAGCUCGAGGAGUUUAGCUUAUGCAAAAGAUCUGUUCCUGGGCAAAGUUAACAAGAAAGAAGUGUUUCCCUAUCCAGAAAUCAGCAAUGAAGAAUUAGAAGAGUUAAACCAGUUUGUUCAGCCUGUGGAAAAGUUUUUCAAUGAAAGUGUUGACUCUGCGAAGAUCGAUAGGGAGGCCAAUAUUCCCCCUGAGACUUUGGAUGGACUAAAAGAACUGGGUCUGUUUGGGAUCCAGAUACCUGAAGAAUAUGGGGGCCUGGGACUCUCAAACACCAUGUAUGCCAGGUUAGGAGAGAUCACGUCUUUAGAUGGGUCUAUUGCAGUCACACUUGCAGCACAUCAGGCCAUCGGCCUGAAGGGUAUAUUAAUAGCUGGAACGGAUGCUCAGAAAGCAAAAUAUCUGCCCAAACUAGCAACAGGAGAACAUAUAGCAGCUUUCUGCCUCACCGAACCUGGAAGUGGCAGUGAUGCUGCAUCUAUACAGCUGAGAGCCACGCUAACAGAAGAUGGGAAGCACUACCUGCUCAAUGGCACAAAGUUUUGGAUUUCCAAUGGUGGAUGGGCAGACAUCAUGACUGUGUUUGCCAGAACUGAAGUUGUUGAUAAAGAUGGUCAAAAGAAAGAUAAGAUCACAGCGUUCAUUGUGGAAAGAGCAUUCGGUGGAGUCACCAGUGGAAAACCUGAAGACAAACUGGGCAUCAGAGGGUCAAACACGACUGAGAUCACAUUUGAAGACACAAAAGUGCCUAUCGAGAACGUAAUUGGUGAAGUUGGUGAUGGUUUUAAGGUCGCAAUGAACAUCCUGAAUAAUGGGCGCUUUAGCAUGGGCGGUGCAGGUGCAGGGGUGGUCAAGAAACUCAUUGAGCUGUCAGCAGAAUAUGCAGGCACAAGAAAACAAUUCAACAGAAGGCUUUCAGAGUUUGGAAUGAUUCAGGACAAGUUUGCCACUAUGGCCCUGAAUGUGUAUGUGAUGGAGAGUAUGGCGUACCUCACUGCUGGAAUGAUGGACCGCCCUGGACUCCCAGACUGCUCUCUGGAGGCCGCGAUGGUCAAGGUCUUUAGUUCUGAGGGCACCUGGAUCUGUGUGAGUGAAGCUCUGCAGGUUUUAGGAGGUCUGGGUUUCACUAAGAACUACCCCUACGAGCGCUACCUCAGGGACUGCCGCAUCCUCCAAAUAUUUGAGGGCACUAAUGAAAUUUUGAGGAUGUACGUCGCACUUACAGGGAUGCAGUAUGCUGGCAAAAUAUUAACUGGAAAAAUAAAGGAGAUGAAGAAAGGAAAUUUAGGCGUGGUGUUCGAGAUUCUGGGGAAGAAAAUCAAGGACACAGUGCAGACGGCAGAUUUUGGGCUCACCGGCAAAGAUGGUGUUGUUCAUCCCAGUCUGACGGAGAGCGCCAAAAUGUUUGAGCAGAACGCUGCAUGUUUUGGCUCCACUGUUGAAGGUUUGCUGUACCGAUAUGGAAAGACAAUUGUCGAUGAGCAGCUUCUGUUGAAGAAAGUUGCAGAUGUGUUAAUUAACCUCUACGCCAUGACAGCCGUCCUGUCCCGCUCCUCUCGCUCCAUCUCCAUCGGCCUGCGCAACCAUGACCAUGAGGUGCUGCUCACCAACACUUUCUGCAAGGAUGCUCAUUUCAAGAACAACUACAUGUUGAGUCAGCUUCAAAGAUAUUCCCCAGAGAAUGAUGAUGCCAACAUAAAGAAGAUCGCCCAGGAUGUCUUAGCCAAGAGGGCAUAUAUCUGCUCACAUCCCCUGGAAAGAACCUUCUGACGCACACUUGUGUCUUAGUUUUAACCCAACAGAAGUGCUUUGAUUAUUAAAUAUACUUAUGUUUCUCACAAUAUGCAGUAUUAAUUAAGCCUCAUACUGUAAUGAAGUAGUCCUUUUAUAUCAGUAUGUCCCAAUUUAAAGGCUUUUGCACACUCAGUGCAUCACAGCAGCGCAUUGAAGGCCGUCCCAUUUGGAAACAUAUCCUCAAAAUGUGUCUUUUGUUUCCUGGGCCACUGAUGACAUUUGUUGUGCACAGGAAAUAACAGGUGUGUUGUUUUUUAUUUUUAAAUGUAAGUAUUAGGUAUCAACUUGCUUAUAUCUAACAGUUCUAUGUACAAAAAAAACAAUAUUAAAUGUUAAAAAACAUUA